AUGGCCACCCCGAGCAUAACCUUCCCCCCCUCCAACACGGCCGUGCGCGUCCGCCUCGUCGACACCACCGCCGUCAUGACCGUGCGGGCCGAGUCGUUCGUCAAGCCCGCGCAGCCGGGCCACGAACUGCUGAAUUUGACGUGCGCGGCGUUUCUGAUCGAGCACCCUUCGUCCUCUCCCGGUUCCGGGCCAGACAGGAUCAUGUUCGACCUCGGCGUGCGCACCGACUACUGGAACUACGCGGCCGUGUUGCAGGCGCGUAUCGGGUCGGUUAUUCCCAGUCUGCGCGUCGACAAGGGCGUGCCGGAGAUUCUGGUCGACAGGGGCGUCGGGCUUGAUUCUAUCUCUUCGGUCAUCUGGUCCCACUUCCACUGGGACCACAUCGGCGACAUGUCCCUCUUCCCGCCCUCCACCGAGGUGGUCGUCGGCCCGGGCUUCAAGUCCUCGCCCCUCCUGUUGCCCGGAUACCCGGACCACCCGGGCUCGCCGGUGCUGGCGUCCGACUUUGCCGGCCGCGAGCUCAGGGAGAUCGACUUUGCGAGCGCGAGUGGCUCGACCCUCCAGAUCGGAAACUACAGAGCGUUUGAUUUCUUUGGCGACGGCUCGUUUUAUUUGCUCGACACCCCCGGCCACUGUCUAGGACACAUGUGCGGACUGGCCCGCACGACGGCGGGCGACGACGACAGUACAUUCCUAUUGCUGGGCGGCGACAUCUGCCACUUUGUCGGGGACCUCCGACCGAAUCCGACGCAUCCCAUCCCCGACCCCGUGCCGGGCGACGUCCUCGACAACGACCCCAGCUACUUCCCCACGCCGUGCCCGUGCAGCCUCUUCACCGAGCACCACCCGGCCAUCUCACAAGGUGACCAUGGUGACCCGACCCAAACGCCGUUCUACAAAGUCUCGACACACCCCAUGUCCGCAUACGUCGACCCGCCGACCGCCCAGGCCUCGGUCGACAAGCUCCUCCACUUCGAGCAGUCUCCCGCCGUCAUGGUGUGCCUGGCCCACGACGCCGCGCUACUCAGGUAUCUCCCCACAUUCAACAAAGAGCCCGAGGCGGACCUCAACGGGUGGAAGGCCAAAGGGUGGAAGGAACGGUGUCGCUGGGACUGGCUCAAUGAGAUGCCGCGCCACGGUAGGCCGGGCAGGAAGCCGAUCGUCCAGGGGUUCUGGCGGGAUGGUAAGCCGUGGGAUAGAAAGGUAGAUUCAUAG